AUGCCCGACUACCCUUUGGUGCCGCAGCCCCCAACGUACGGGCCAGGGCGAGAGCUGGACCCUGGGCCACGCCAUCACAGCCUCAUACUCGCUUACAACGUCACAGAUGUGCUUAUAACGGGAGAGAACGGGACGAUUGACGGCAACGGAAAGCCGUGGUGGGAAGCGAUGGAGAGAAAGAGCCUGCACCACAUGCGACCCCACGUGAUAGAGAUCCAGAGCAGCUGCCACGUGGCAGUCUCUCAUUUGACGCUGGUUAAUGCGCCCUUCUGGUUCAUCCGCCCCCUCUACUCCUCCCGCCUCUCCUUCCGCCAUCUCACCAUUACCGCCCCCAGCACCGUGAGACAGACAGACGGCAUUGAUCCAGACUCCAGCACGCACGUGCUGAUAGAGGACUGCCAAAUCAGCACGGGGGAUGAUGCCGUGGCAAUAAAGAGCGGAUGGGACCAGUACGGGUACAACGCCCACCCUCCUGCACCCUCUGCUGACAUCACCGUACGGCGAGUCACCGUGCAGGUGCCACCUGGCAGCGGCGGCGUGGGCCUAUCGAUCGGCAGUGAGAUGAGCAGUGGCGUGCAGAGAGUGAGGUUUGAGGACUGCCGAGUUCUUGGUGCUGACGUGGGCAUCAGAAUCAAAUCCGCCGCCGGACGGGGCGGGUUUGUUAAGAAUGUUUCAUUCAUUCGCACUUAUGUACACGAUGUGAAAGUAGCUUUCACCAUCACCUCCUUCUUCGGUCACGGGGAUCCCCCGGGGACAGUUGAAACAGGUGGUCUGCCUGGCCCUGGGUUGUCCAACUCUAAUGUGGGGACCACCUUUACAUUAGCAAUCCCCCUUCACAUUGACAUGAGAACCCUUGAACGUGCGUCUUUCUUAUCGAGAUAA